AUGAAGAGGCUGCUGUGCUCUCUGCUGGGGCUGCUGUACACCCAGAUUUGCUGGGUGAAAGGGCAACAGGUGAACCAGAGUCCUGUGUUCUUGGUUCUGCAGGAAGGAGAGAAUGCAGAGCUGCAGUGCAACUUUUCCAACAUGGCAACCCAAGUGCAGUGGUUUUACCAAAGUCCUGGGGGACCCCUCAUCAGCCUGAUUUACAAUCCUUCUGGAACAAAGCAGAGAGGAAGACUCAAGUCCACGACAGUCACUCAGGAACGCCGCAGCUCCUUGUACAUUUCCUCCUGCCAGACCACAGACUCAGGCACUUAUUUCUGUGCUACAAUGCACAGCGCUCCACACACACCUGCAGCCAGCACACAAACCUUCAGCUGGAUGGCACACACUAAACCUAUGCGAGCCCAACUAGGACCAAGCUCCAAACUUAAGAGGGAAGGUGGUCACACAGCUCCACCAGCAGCCAUGAUGGUGUUGACAAUUGUUAGCUUUGGGGAGAAGGAGAGACCGUUUUCUAUUGGAACUUUCUUCCUCCUCUGUGAAGACACAGAAUUGGCUUAUUGUGCAGGCUCCUCCUGGGACAGACGAGAUGAAGUUGGGAAAUGGUUGCUUGGCAAACCAAGCACAGAUAAAAGCAUACUUUCUCUGUUCAUUUCUCAAACGUUCUGUCAGAAUCUGUACCCUGGAUAA